UGUGAAGUUCGAUUGUUGACUUUCUAGUUCAGAACUAAGACUCAAGAAGUGAAAAAAGAAAUUUCGAGUUGACGUGUCGAGCCACUUAUUGUUCUUUGUUAAUUAAAUAUUUUGGUUAUUUAUUUAUUUGUCUAUCAUGACCGACGUCCUGAUAAGUUUUGUGGUCAAAUGGUCUGCGAAAGAGUACUCAAUCCAUGUUGAUAAAGAAGGCACAGUUUUGUGUCUAAAAAAAGCCAUUGAAGUUGAAACAGGAGUUAAAGUAGAAAGACAAAAAUUAUUAAACUUAAAAUUCAAGGGAAAACCAGCUGAAGAUGCAGCGAAGUUAAGUAGUUUGGACCUAAAAGUAGGAUUUAAAAUCAUGAUGAUGGGUUCACUGGAACAGGAUAUCACUACAGCAUCUACUGUCCCAGAAAUUGUUGAUCAGAUAAUAAAUGAUUUAGACAUGACUGAAGAAGAAAUAGCUUUGGAAAAUAGAGAAGAAUACCUAAGCAAAAUUGCCAAACGAGUGGAUAGCUAUGAAAUCAAACUGCUGAAUGAACCAAGACAAGGAAAAAAAUUACUAGUUUUGGACAUAGACUAUACACUUUUUGAUCAUCGCUCGGCCGCAGAGACUGGCAAUGAAUUGAUGAGGCCGUUCUUGCACGAAUUUCUAACUGCUGCAUAUGAAGUACGUACCAUGGGAAUGUUGUUUAACAUACAGGAUUAUGAUAUCAUGAUAUGGUCUGCAACAUCUAUGAAAUGGAUCGAAGAAAAAAUGAAAUUACUUGGGGUAUCGACAAACCAGAACUACAAGAUAUUAGGAUACCUAGACUAUUUGGCAAUGAUUUCAGUACAUAUGGAUAAAUACGGGUUACUGGAUGUGAAGCCUCUUGCUGUGAUUUGGGGAAAAUUCCCUGGCGUUUAUACUUCAAAAAACACCAUCAUGUUCGACGACAUACGAAGGAACUUUUUAAUGAAUCCCCAGAACGGUCUUCGUAUUCGAGCCUUUCGAGAAGCACAUCUCAAUCGUGACAAAGAUCGCGAACUCUUAUAUCUAGCUCAAUAUUUAAAAGAUAUUGCACCUCUCGAAGAUAUUAGUCAGCUCAAUCAUCGUUCUUGGGAAAGGUAUCGGCCAUCCAAAAAACAUAAAUAGUCCCAUUCUCGUUGAAGGAAAAUUUUGUGUAAAUUAUCCGAAGUUGGUGCAUAAGAAAAAAAAAA